ACGAUUGAAGGAAGGAGUGGCUUCGCGAUCUGUCAAGUUAAAUGAUUUCUCGCGAAACUUAAUGACUCGUCGCAUUGAUUAAGUUGUUUCCGUGUGCUUAGUACUAAUACCUCAUCGUGCAGUAGUUCUAAUAUACAAAGAAAAUGUCGUCUUCGGGUGAUUUUGGAAACCCGUUGCGUAAAUUUAAGCUUGUCUUUCUCGGUGAACAGAGCGUUGGAAAAACGUCUCUUAUCACGCGGUUUAUGUAUGACAGCUUUGACAACACGUAUCAGGCUACAAUAGGUAUAGAUUUUUUAAGCAAAACUAUGUAUUUGGAGGAUAGAACUGUAAGAUUACAGUUGUGGGACACUGCAGGCCAAGAACGGUUUAGGUCUUUGAUACCAAGUUACAUCAGAGAUUCUACUGUUGCAGUUGUUGUAUAUGAUAUUACCAAUGCUAACUCAUUUCAUCAAACGUCUAAGUGGAUUGACGAUGUACGGGCCGAGAGAGGAAGCGACGUAAUUAUUAUGCUAGUUGGUAAUAAAACAGACUUGAGCGAAAAAAGACAAGUUUCAACGGAAGAAGGCGAACGAAAAGCUAAAGAACUGAAUGUAAUGUUUAUCGAAACUAGUGCUAAAGCUGGGUACAAUGUAAAACAGCUGUUUAGAAGAGUAGCAGCAGCUCUACCAGGCAUGGAUUCCACUGAGAAUAAGCCUCCUGAAGACACUGUCGACUUGCAGAAUCAAUCACCGAUGCAGAACGGUUCCGAGUCCGAGGGGGAGAGUGGCUGUAUUUGCUAGGGAGGUGGUUUAUCAAUGUGCAGCUAAUAAUGCUAGCGCCUUUGUGACAUUCAGACACGAACCAAAAAAAAAAAAAAAAAAAAAAAUUCACCCACAUACCUAUUUAACAAGACGCCUGGCUUCUUCUGAUGUCAACAUCGACGAGGGGCGCGCAGAAACGUUUCAUUAACACUGUUCUUACCAACUACUUCUACCCUAAUCAUUUAACUCGUUACUAGCGGGAUUCGUUGCUAUUCAUGUUACUCCGAGGACAGCUUUGUGCGGUUAUAGUGCGCGUUAUGUUAUUAUGCGGUCCGCGAUAACGAGAGAGAGAGAGAGAGAGAGAGAGAAAACUUGCGAUCUUCUCACGCCACGCCUGUAAACCGGAAACUGGCGUCGGCUUGCAACCGAUUGCAUUGCAGAUAGAUAUGGGCAAAAUUCUUAAUCCGACUAAAAAUUUUGAACAGAAGUUUAUCCGUUAAUCGUUAAAUAAAAUUAAUAUAUUCGAACCGUAGUGUGAAACGUUUCACGAUGAUCGAAUAACAUUUUCGCUGUUCGAGUGAAAUUUUGCCCAUCUCUGAAUAUGGACGAUAAAGAGGGUAGCUCUUCCGUAAACUCGUGUAACACCAUUGUACGCGUUGUUAGACGAUCGAAGCAAUACACAACAGCUUUCCACGACUCGUACAUAUCACGAUUUUUCUAUGACUGUGAAUCGCGUUCAGACCAGUUUCUUUUCCAAACGUCUACGGGCACUCGGGGCCCCCGGAAUUCGACGGCUAUCAUACCCGCGAGCGAUCAUCCUGUCUUCGUUUCGCUUUUAUCGCGAUUAUCGAGAGGCCGAAAUCUUACUCGACACGCACAAAGUCACACCCGACCAGCUUGGACGAGAUCACGAGAACGACUGAAAGUAAACUUGGUUCCACAGACCACGCGCGCCCGAUAGUCAAGGAAUCGAACGAUCGAGCGACCUCUGUUUACCGAUCGAUCGUAGAACAUUGUAAUUUGUAGAGCGCGUUUAUUUGUGAGCCUGUUCGCCGGCGAAUUGUUCGAGGUUUAUAAUAUAAUCGUAAUUACAAUCUUUAUAGACGUUUUUUCGAUAUUUCUUGGUAAUAAGCAAGCGACCCUCGACACGCGAUCGGGGGCUGGGACUACGAAAUUUUUCUGCAUUCGAAUAUUCGAACUAAUUAUUAAUUAUUAAUAGGUAUAUGAUGUACUGUAAAGAGGAAGAAGGAUCAAAGGUUAAGAAUAAUGUGAUAUCACUAGUAAGGGGAACGUAUACAGUGUUGAGUAGUCUUUUGUUUAAUCGCAGGCUUAUCGGGAGGCAUUUUUAUCCAAUACGAUUAAUUGUUGCCAGAACCGAUCUUUCUUUUUCUCCACAGUACAUUUGUACACACUCGUUACAGAAAUUAAUCAAAGUUAAACAGAUUCAUAUGUACCCCUUUAUGAAACAUAAUUGAAGAAAGCUGUAUUUAAUUUGUGGAUACAUACGAAAUAGUAUAAGGAUAUUUACGAAUCCGCUUAAUUUGAAUAUCUGACUAUUCGAAUGUUACCUGUACUGGUAAAGUACUCGAAUACCGCGAUGCAGACUAUAUGUCAAGUUCUUUAGGUUCGAAGCUCCUUUUUAAACUUCAUUUUCAUUUAAAACAUUUCAUUCACAGUAUUCUAUACAACAUUUCUAUUUUGAUAAGAAAAAAAGAUAAUGUGCUUACAUUUCUUGGCUGGGAGUAACUUCGAAUUUUGUAGUUACUUCCAGCCGUAGAAACGAAAUCAUUCAACGAAAAAAAUAAGAAAAAUCUCCAACAGUUUAGGCAAUCGUCGGAAUAGUAAUAUUCAAAUAACGAUGUUCGAAGUUUAUUUGUACUAUUGCAAUAAUUGUAAAAUAGAAUAGUCCCAGCCCUACAUGCGAGAUCCGUUUGUAAAUUGAGGAAGAAGACGCGCGAACUUCGCUUUGGUACGUUGACGAAUGUUCGAUUGCUUCUACUCGCCAUUUUACACGCGUUGAUGUAAAUGAUACCUGGUAUUUAUGGUUUCUCAUUUAUGCAGUCAUAGUCGUAACCAGGGAUGGGCAAAAUACAUUUGAAAAAGAUAUUCGAACGACGAAUAGUUUACUGAUUCGUGUCCCGUUUUAUGGUAUGAUGCUUAAAAGCAUUCGCACGUUUUAUUCGUUAACAAGCAUAGAAUACUUCUACUCAACUCCAUCGUCAAACAUAGAAUACACAGGUAUCUUAUGAUUGUCGAAUAUAUUAGCGUUUUAUAUCCAAUCGAUUAAU